CCGCAGUCCCCGCUCGUGUGAAAUUUAAUUAUUUUUUACAUUGAAAAUUCACCAAUUGAAGUGAAAAUUUGUCAUUCCAAACGGUUUGCUGUAGUGCAGUGAUCCUAAAAAGAGUGUCAACUUGCGGUUCGAUGCGGAUGGCCAGCGUUUCCUGAUAUAGGCAAAUCCUCCGUUCGACUUCGGUCCACAAUAACAGUACAUUGAACGCACUGCAACGAAAGCCACACUACUGAAACGGUAUGGCAGUUUAUUGCUGGGGCAACACCGUCUACGGUGAAUUGGGUCUAGGCGGUAUCGAGGAAGAGCAGGUGCUGCUUCCCCGGGAAAUGGACUGGUGCCAUGCAUCGAGCGUCCAGCAAGCGGCUUGUGGUAUUACACACACCCUGCUCCUGACCAAGGAUGGGAAGCUGUUCUCCUGCGGCAACAACGACCACGGUCAGCUGGGGCACGAUACCGACAAUCUGCCCAACAAACGGCCACGUACGUGCCGAUUUAAAUUAAUCUCUGCGCUCGAGAAUUACAUCAUAACGCACGUCAGCUGUGGCACGGCGCACUCGCUGGCCCUGACCAACUGGGGACAGGUGUUCAGCUGGGGCUCUAACUCCAUCGGACAGUUGGGUCACGAUACGGACCAGCUCAACUACAACAUUCCGCGGACGAUCAAAACGAUUGCCGCGAAAACGGUGGUCCAAAUUGCAUCCGGUCUGUUCCAUUCCCUUGCAUUGACCAACAGUGGCGAGCUGUUCUCUUGGGGAGCCAACGGUUACGGCCAACUGGGUCUGGGAACGACCAGCGAAAAGAUUGUGACCCCGACGUUAGUCAAGUCGCUUGCGGGAAUCCCCAUCGCAUUUAUAGCCUGCGGAGGUAAUCACAGUUUCGCUGUUUCCAAAUCUGGUGCCAUAUUCGGCUGGGGCAAAAAUACCUUCGGUCAGCUGGGUCUGAACGAUCUCGUCUCUCGGUGUUAUCCACAUCAAUUGAAAACGUUGCGAAAUCUAGGCGUUCGGUACAUAAGCUGCGGAGAUGACUUCUCCGUGUUUCUCACCCAGGAAGGGGGAGUGUUCACUUGUGGAGCGGGGACGUUUGGUCAGCUGGGACAUGGGACGUGCAGCAACGAGAUUCUCCCGAGGAUGGUGUUUGAACUGAUGGGAAGCAAGAUUACACAGAUUGCAUGCGGACGGAGGCAUACGUUGGCGUUUGUGCCUUCCAGGGGGAAGAUCUACGGAUUUGGCCUAGGUGGAGUUGGGCAGCUGGGCGUGGGAAUCAGUACCAGCUCCAAUACGCCGCAGAUCGUUCGCGGACCAUGGAUCGAUUCCGGAUCGGAUAAAAUCGUCACUAUAAACCCCGGACCCCCGGUCAAACUGAUCGUGGGACGAAUCUUCUCCGGUGGUGAUCAGUGCUUCGUUUCGCUGCAAGCCAACGAUUCCGACAAUAUAGGCUCCGCCGACUACCGUCUGCACGAUCCCAACUCCCAGAUCCUUUCCAUGUCGAGUGACAUCAGCAAAAGCCUGUGCCGGAUCCAACCGGACGAAACCGUAGACAUCGACCUGCUGACCGUGGUAGAAACCGUAUUCAGAAGUUUGGCAUGCUUCAACGGAUCCUGGCUGCUACCCAACGAACAGCACUUUUGCUGCACAUCCAAGCAUUCCGGAGUGAACAUGGAAGCCGUGGAAGAAUCGUUCGAAUGCAUUCGCAAAAUUGAACACGAUACUCUGAAGCAGCUGAUUUGGGAAUCGAUCUCCACGGAUCUGAUCAGCUCGCUCGUAGCUUCACCGGCAGAUGUGGAAACGUUGCGAGUCUAUCUGAUGCUGCCAAUGUACCACGAAUUUAUCAACUCCAAAAACUACCAGAAGCUGCAUACACCCUUCAGCCAGGCCGUGCAGAACCUUCAGAAGAACCCCUUUACGAUCGUGGCCCGUUGGUGGGCGAAUCAAUCGGUGGAGUACUUCGAACGCAUGUUGGAGAAUUUUAAAAACGUUAUAGUAUACAUACUCAACUUCAAGUUCCCGAAAGCGAUCGGUUGUAACGUGGAAAAGCAGGAAAUUCGCUACGAAGCCAACCUGGCAGCGAUGUUGAACGUGGUAGCAAUUCUAUACAAAAUCAACCACACCGAUCGGCGACAAAAACUGCUUUACGAACAAUUCCACAUCCACGAAAUUGACGAUCUGAUCGACAUCCGGCUGGACUACUUGCGCUGGGUGACGGACACAAACGGGACCUAUUUCUCGCUGUGCAAUUAUCCUUUUAUCUUCAACGCUUCCGCCAAGACUUACCUGCUGCAGACGGAUCAGGGACUGCAGAUGCAUCAAGCGAUGCAGGAUGCAGCCCAUGCGAGUUUUAUGUCCGUUUUCCACCCGGAUCUAGGCGUCCCGCAGUUCAUCGUGUUAAACGUGUCGAGAGAAAACAUCGUCCAGGACACGAUUCGAGAAUUGGCGCAAUACACGGCGAACGAUUUGAAGAAACCACUGAAGAUUAAGUUCCACGGCGAGGAAGCCGAGGACGCCGGUGGCCUGCGGAAGGAGUUCUUCAUGUUGCUACUCAAAGACAUCCUUGAUCCCAAGUACGGGAUGUUCAAAACGUACGAAGAUUCCCGAGCGAUUUGGUUUACGGAAGACUACUUCGAAAACGAAGACACCAUGUUCGCUCUGAUCGGAAUACUGUGCGGAUUGGCCAUCUACAAUUUCACGAUCAUCAAUUUGCCUUUCCCGCUGGCACUGUACAAGAAGCUUCUGGACGAGGAAGUAGAUCUCACCGACCUGAAGGAUCUCUCACCGAUGGUGGCGCAAUCGAUGCAAAGCAUUCUGGACUACACGGAACCGGACUUUGAAAAGGUGUUCGAUCUGACGUUUUCGACCACGCGGGACUACUUUGGCGAAAUGCAAACCAUUGAACUGAAACCGGGUGGCGAGCGGAUUCGGGUGACGCUGGAUAAUAAAGAAGAAUUCGCCAAACUGUACAUCGACUAUGUGCUGAACAAAUCGGUGGACAAGUCGUUCAAGCAGUUCCGGUUCGGCUUCAUGAAGGUGUGCGGUGGCCGUGUGCUUAAGCUGUUCAAGGCCCAUGAACUGAUGGCGGUGGUCAUCGGCAACGAGGAGUACGACUGGCACAUACUGGAGGAGAAUGCCGAGUACAAGAAUGGAUACAGCUCCGGUGAUCGCUCGAUCCGGUGGUUCUGGGAGGUCUUCCACGAGCUAACGCUGGAGGAGAAGAAGAAGUUCUUGCUCUUCCUGACGGGCUGUGAUCGUAUACCGAUUCAAGGCAUGAAAGCAAUCAAGAUCAACAUCCAGCCGACGCCAGACGACAAAUUCCUCCCGGUGGCGCAUACCUGCUUCAAUCUGCUGGAUCUGCCCCAGUACCAGACGAAGGAGAAACUCAAGUACAAGCUGCUGCAAGCCAUUCAGCAAACUCAGGGCUUUAGCUUGGUGUAACUAAAUUCUGUGAGUGAGUAACUGCGUAAGUACCUACAACAUAUGUGACCCUGCCUAUGACGACGAAAUCAAAUUUCUAAUAAGAGUGCAGUUGAAAAUUUUGGAAUAUUAGGAAGCUUAACAAGUACCACCAAUAAAUGCGGUCGUCGGUAGUAGCUUUAGAGAAUCGCGAACAACAUACGCCUAUUUAAAUAAUAUAUUCCAUUCUAAGUUUGGUGGCGUGAUGCACAGGAUAUAUGUAAUCUUCAAAAUAAUAUAGGAGAAAACUACAAUAUGUAGUGCGAAGUGUGACAGUGCCUGAGCCUUUCACAUUCACGAUUCUCGUUGUUGACCUUUUUGUUGGAACCAUAUGGGAGCUUUAAUAUUCUUAUGGGCAAUUAGAUACGACUGACUGCACGAUGCCGACCUGUUUCAGAGGUCGACAGCGUGAAUUUUUACUAUAACUCUUUAAGACAUGUUUGUUGUGAAAAGAUGACGAGUUAGCCUAUUUAUUCCAUAACUUUAUGAACCAGUGAAGUGAAGCGGAACGAGAAAAAUUACCCGUGACGCAUUUUGUUCAUUGCCAAAUUGCCAAUAAAAAAAUUUAUGAAAUUUAUAAAUGUAUUUAGCCCCGUCAUUUAAAAUUAUUUCGGUUGAAUUUUGUUGAUAAGACCAACGGAUAACGCUGGUAUUUAAUCGUUAACUAGGUUGAAAUAAACUGAAAAUAAAUUGCUUUUUU